AUGGCCUCUAAUAAUAGCAGAGAAGCUGUCGCCGAAUGCAUUUCCGACGAUGCCCUCAUCCACCUGAAAUCCUACAAGUACUCGGCCGUCGAUAAGUCGCCCAUCUCGAACUACAUCCUGAGGCCAUACUGGAAUGCCUUCGUCGAGAUACUGCCGCUAUGGAUGGCCCCUAAUAUGGUCACCCUGAUCGGCUUCUUCUUCAUACUGGUGAACGUCGGUCUGCUGGUGAUAUUCAUGCCGGAUCUGGUGGGACCGGGCCCGACAUGGCUAUACUACAGCUUCGCCUUUGGGCUGUUCAUGUACCAGACGAUGGACAAUGUCGACGGCAAACAAGCACGGCGGACGGGCACCUCGAGCGGCCUCGGCGAGCUCUUCGAUCACGGCAUCGACUCGUUGAACUGCACACUCGCCAGCCUUCUCGAAACGGCGGCUAUGGGCCUCGGUACCUCCAAGUCCGGCGUAUUCACCGCGCUCUGCCCGUGUCUCGCCAUGUUCUUCUCGACCUGGGAGACCUAUCAUAGCCAUACACUGUACCUCGGCGUCAUCAACGGCCCUACCGAGGGUAUCCUGAUUGCCUGCGCCAUGAUGGCCAUCAGCGGGUACUACGGGCCGGGCAUUUGGACCCAGCCACUGGUCAACCUCCUUGGCGACAAGUACACCUUCGGCUACGCGGAGCUCCUUGACGACCUGUCGUUCCGCGAUAUCUGGAUCGUUCUGAUCUCCUCGUCCCUGCUCUUUACGCACAUUCCGUUCUGUAUAUACCAUGUCAUCAAAGCACGGCGAGCACGGAACCUGCCCGUGGCACCCGUCUUCCUCGAGUGGACGCCCAUGGUGGUUUACUCGCUCAGUAUCGCAGCCUGGCUCUACAGCCCGUAUUCCACCCUGAGAGAAGAGAACCACCUGGUCCUGUUCUGCCUGACCAUGUCCUUCGUCUUUGGGCGCAUGACCACCAAGAUGAUCCUCGCACAUCUUACGCGCCAGCCGUUCCCCUACUGGACAAUCAUGCUGUGGCCGCUGAUAGGCGGCGCCGUGUUGGGCAACCUUCCGCGCUUCGGCCUUGAACCUGUCACCCGGGAGCUCGAAUUGUGUUAUCUGUGGGCCUACUUCGUCUUCUCCCUAGUGGUGUAUUUCCGGUGGGCCUACCUGGUCACGACAAGUAUUUGCAACUUCUUGGGCAUCAACUGUUUGACGAUUCCGUACGAGAAGCAGGUCGCGAACGCUGAGAGCGCCAAGGCUGCGAAAGCCGUGGCGAACGGGAGCGUCGAUGGCAAGAAGAAGCAAUGA